AUGGAGACCAAUGACGACAUGCGUCCCGAGCCGCCGGUGCUUGAGCGAGACGGCUUUCAGCUGAGCCAAGAUAAGCGGCUCACAGUGGCCGGGAUCGAGCGCAUGGACAGCCGACGUGUGGCGGUGCUCCUCCACCCGGAACACUACCCGGACAAGAUCCGCACGCAGAGUGAUCGGGAUGAGAUUUUGGACGAGACGCGCCGACUGUUCGUGAAGCCUUGGUUCGCUGCUCAACUGACGCACUACGGGAUCAAGUUCGCUGCGAAAGCGUCCCUAGAUCGGCUCUGGAAAGUUCUUGAGAAGGCGGUCGACUCGGGAAAGUGCGAUGUCGUCCCGGAAGCAAUCGAGCGAAUGCAGCAGCGCAUGCGCCGCGACUACGAGGUCAUGUUCCAUGAGUGGGAGGACCAGGCUCGUUCCUGGGACGCGGCAAAGGAAAGACAUGGCGAUGAAGCCUUCGCCAGGUGCACAACACUGGGGUAG